AUGGAUACACUUCUCAACCUCCCAGCCUCGUUCCCCGAACUCUACGCCGUCAGCGACUCCAUCAAGGUGGUCGAGGCCGCCAAGAAAUACGGCCAGCAGGAGCCGAUUGAUAAAGUUCCCCAUUAUACCACCCCCCAAGGCAGUCACGCAUAUUGGUGCCAAGACAACGAGACGUCGUGGACUCAGGGAUUCUUUGUCGGCUUGCUUUGGGACCUUGUAGAGCGUCAGCGCCUUCUCCCAAAUGCGGUCGAGAGCAGCUACACCGAACAAGAGAUAACGGACCUGGCUCGGAGGUAUCAGGACGGUUUCAAAUGGAUGGCAAACCCUGCGUCGAACCACGACCAAGGCUUUCGCUUCCAGCUUAGCUACGGCAAGGAUCUGGACCUAACCGACUCUAAGGAGGCCAAGGCUGUCGUCAUUGACGCGGCGGACUCGCUCGUGGACCGUUUUGAUCCCCAGGUCGGCGCUAUCCGCAGCUGGGACCGGAUGGUUCGCGUCGGCCAGCCGGAUAUCUGGCGCGAGGACAACCUAGACGAGCACUACCUCACCAUCAUUGACAAUAUGGCGAGUUCCAAGAAACGUCUCAACUUGAACCGUGACGGAACUGUGGGGAGUUGCUUGACCCACCAGGGCUACCAGGACGAGUCCACAUGGUCUCGCGGGCAGGCCUGGGCAAUCCACGGCUUUGCUCAAGUGGCCCAGCGCACUGGACGCAAAGAUUUCAUUGACCUCACUCGAAAGCUUACGGACAAGUUCCUCUCGCUUCUCCCCGAGUCCGGUGUGCCCUGGUGGGACUUUGACGCCCCCAGGCCUUGUCCUUAUGACGCAUCUGCGGCCACUAUUGCGGCUUGCGGUAUGCUAAUUCUGUUCCAGAUCCUUCGUCCGACGGAUCCAACCGCAGCCGAGGCUUACUUGGAGAGAGCGUUCCAGCUUGUCCGCGACGUUCUUCGCGAAUGCAAGACUGGCGAGGCCUCCCUCAAGGACGUAAAGGUUGACUUCGGCGAGGGCGAGUGGGAGACGAUCCUUGAGUAUGGGCCCGUUCCUAUCAUGGACCACGGGCUAGUCUUUUGGAAACGCAGCCCUCAAGCUCCAGCCGCUGCCCAACUAAGACGUAUCAUAGUGACAUCCGAUACGGGCCGGACUGCUCAGUCCCAGUGGGUGGCGAAGGGCCGUCACCAAGUCAAGACAUUGGCCAAUGAGGGCCAUGACAUGCCCAGGGAAGAUUUGAGGGAAACACGGGAGUCUUAUGCCAGGCAAGUCGAUUGCCAGAAAGCCCUCAAUCAUGAGAACACUGGCACCCACUUGGGCAAAGCCCGCCUGACACCCUCCUGA